AGUAGCUAUCAGAGUCUCACUGAAAAGUUUCUCUAUUCAUUCAUAUAAAUAUCAAUGCAUUUGUUCAAUCACCGUAUAUACUACUCAAGCCCAUUGCUUCUACAGUAUUUGAGGUAGCAAGCAACAAUCUAGGAGAUGACGAAGAAGAAGAUGAAUUGGUGGAAAUCAACAACAACAAGGUUGUCUAAGCACGCGCUGAAACUGACCCAGCUGAACCUUGAGUUAGGUCUCUUUGGAACCAGAGUGGCUUCCCCAAACGACAAGGUUGCCAUUGAGAUAACAGGGGAAGCAGCUGCAAAACGACGAUGCACAUGCACUCACAUCACCUCCUGUCGUAGAUUCCUCAGCAACAAAACUUCAUCUCUCAAUUGGGAUACUCCUGAACUCCGCAGUUUCAACCUCGUUCACAAAGAAGAUGCUGUGUCCUCUGUUUCAUACAACAUGGAGUUUCAUGUCUUACAUGGGAAGGGUGAUGCUGUCGGAGAAAUUACAAAAGCUAAAAUGACGGUGGUCGGAAAAGCUUCCGUGACGGUUGACAUGGCGGAGUUGCUGGCCGGGGAGAGGAUGAAGACCGGGUCCAGUUCUCAUAAUCACCAUCACCUUCAACGGAAGCUUCCAAUCCAUUUGAAGGUCAAUGGUUUGAUCAUCGAAGCUACCCUUUUGGUGUGUAUGAGGUUAAUGAAGCUUGAUGACUUGCAAGGACCCUUUGAAAACUCGAUCCACUCAGAGAAGAAAAGUGGGAUUAUAGGAAAAUUGAAGAGUUUAACAUGCUUGGGGAGGAAGAACAAUGUCAAGGUUGAUCAAUCUGAACAGCCAAGUCCUUAUGAAUCGUAUAGCUCCCCUGUGUUUUACUCAGAUGAUUCUUCCAAUGAGUCUACCGCAAGCAGUAACAGUAGCAAGAGCGAUGGAUUUCAUAACUCGGAAUCAAGACUUGGGUUCAGAAGCUCAGGGACAAAGACCCCUUUGGACACAUCUCAGAGUAAUUGGUCAUAUAUGUCACGGAAUAGAAGCUUCAAAGGGUGGAACACUAAGACAGAUGCUAGCAAACAAGAAACUUCAACCACUGAUCCAUGUCCUUUAACGAAAUCAGAAGAACAUUCAUUACAAUUUUACCUUCAAGACAGUACAAGUAGCUGGGGAGUGAAGGAAUUCUCAAGCAGGGAUGGGAAAUCAAAGCUCAAAACAAAUGUGUUCUUCGCUUCUUUCGAUCAACGAAGCGAAAAAGCCUCUGGUGAGAGUGCCUGCACUGUCUUAGUAGCACUCAUAGCACACUGGCUCCAUUCCAACAAGGGUAUGCCAACAAGAGCAGAGUUUGACAGCCUCAUCACACAAGGUUCAUCUGAAUGGAGAAGGCUUUGCAACAGCAACUACUACUCAAAGCUCUUCCCAGAUAAACAUUUUGAUCUGGAAACUAUCAUAGAUGCCAAUUUAAGACCUUUGGUUGUUCUGCCUCAGAAAUCAUAUACAGGGUUUUUCUCCCCUGAGAAGUUCCACUGCUUGAAAGGAGCAAUGUCUUUUGAUGAGAUUUGGGAUGAGAUAAAUACCAAUGUAGUUGGUGUUUACAUAGUGAGUUGGAAUGAUCAUUUCUUUGUUUUGAAGGUGGAAGCAGAUGCUUACUACAUCAUUGACUCAUUGGGGGAGAGACUUUUUGAGGGGUGCAAUCAAGCAUUCAUGUUGAAGUUUGAUGAGUCUUGUGUGAUGUAUGGAGAAGUAGAAGAAGAGGGACCAUUAAAGGCAAGUGUUGGUGGUGCUAGGAGUGCAGAAAGUGAGAAAAGUUUAGAGGUAGUUUGCAGAGGAAAAGAGUGUUGUAAAGAGUUCAUCAAACGCUUUCUUGCUGCCAUACCAGUAAGGCAACUAGAGAAGGAGGAGACGAAGAAAUGGGCUGUUUCAAGUACCUAUCUUCACAGACAAUUGCAGAUUGACUUCCAUUAUAGCACUUCAUCAUCAUCAUUAUCCUCCACUCCAGCUUCUAUGUUGUCUUUCUUAACAAGAGGACUUUGAGAAGCCUAACUAGUUCAUGUUUAUGUUGGAUAAGAGUUGAGUCCAAUGAAUUUUCAUCUAAAUUUAUUUAGAAGAGUUAUGUACAUUUUUAUCUUAAAGUGAGUGCUAACAUUUGUAUA